AUGAUUAUAAAAAACUUUGGUAGAGAAGUUAUUAAAAGACUAAAUAAUCCCUUAAUGAAACUUAAUAAUACAUAUAUUAAAAAUGAAAUGAAAAGCAAUAAUUGUUUUACGAAAAGAUAUAUAUCUUUUACGAAAAUAUAUUUAACUCAUUAUUUAGAAGAUUAUUAUACUACUCCUGAAAUUGCAACGAAUAUGAUAUCACCCAUGUCAGAAUACGUAUGGUGGGGAUGGCUCAUUUUGCAAGCAGUUAUAGUUUUUGGUACUUUAUUUCAUUCCAAUUAUUAUUUUACUGGAAAAGCUCUACCCAAAGUUCAAGGAAAUUCUCAAUUAUGUGAAGACUCAUGGUGA